GUUAUAAGUUAACUCCAAUAUAACUCCUAAAUUCUUGUAUGAGAUUCCAAUAAGUUAAGAACUUACUUGAGCGUUGUUCAAUUUGAUUCGUAUCGUAUUUUAUAUAGUUUUUUUUCACCUACGCAUUUUCAGUGUGCUGAAUUAUUCGGUUUAUUAACUAGAGCUGUAUUGAUUUUUCUAUUUUCAUCUUCAUGAUAACUGAAAGCUUACUUUUCAUGGCCGCAUAAUUAUACUGGUAACAAAACUGAUUUUACCGCGUAAUAGUUUCUUGCGUCAAAUAAAAGUUGGUAUCAAAAAUUUUUAAGAUAAGUAAUUUUUUGAUAAAACGAGUAUUGUGAACACUGCGCAAACCAUGUCUGUAGAAGUGCCUGUGAUUGACUUUUCGCGCCUAUCUACAUCCAAUAGCGAAGAGUGUCUCGAUGUUGAAUCCAUAAAAACUAUAGCGGAUCAGGUGUUUUCUGCCCUAAAGGAAACCGGAUUUUUGUACCUCAAAAACACGGGACUGGAAAAAGAGGAGGUUUUGAAGUCAAAUGGGAUCAUGGAGCAGUUCUUCCUCCAGUCCAAAGAUGUGAAGCAGAAAUUUGCGAGAGGAAGUGAAAUUCACAGGCACCAUGGAUGGAUGGACACUGAGUACCCUGACCCCACAAAACCAGCUGACUUGAAGGAGGGUUUCAAUUGUGUCCCCAUUGAGGUCACGAGUAACGAGGACAUGCAAUGGCCCAGCGAUGACUUCCAGGAAAUUGUCCUGCAGCUCUACAACAAGCUGAACAAAAUUGCAACCAACAUGUGCAGAGUGCUUGCUGUCGCAUUUGGGAAGAAUUUGGACUUCUUCACUCGUCAUCAUACCAAAAUGGGUGCAGAGGGUAACCCCACACUGCUUAAAUUUCUCUACUACUACCCGCUGAAGAAAUCAGACCUGCUUAAAGUGGAAGAAGGUGCUCUGAGAUGCUCCGAACACACUGACAAAACGACCUUCACUUUUCUCAUCUCCGAGGACAUCACAGGACUGCAAGUGAUGAAGAGGAACGGGGAGUGGGUCAACUUGACCAAGGCAGAGGAGCCGAACUACAUCCUGGUGAACAUGGGGGAACUCAUGAAUAGGUGGAGUGACGAUGAGUUGACAGCAGCCAAUCACAGAGUAGUCUACAAGGAUGUAUAUGGAGUCCAAGGAAGCGACGAUGCCGAGGAUCCCAUUAUGUGUCCCAAGAGACAAUCAAUGGCCUACUUUGUGGCCCCAGACAUUGGCCAAAUUGUGACGCCAUUCCGAGAGAGCAGCCGCUAUGCGCCAACAUCAGUCGAAGACUUUUUCGCUGAAAUUGUCAAGCAGCUUUAUAAAUGGGACAAGCAAAACUGAUGGGAUUUGAAAACUGAAAUAACGAAUUGCUAGAAACCGUAAACUAGAAAUAAAUUCAGUAGGCUACACUGUUUGGUAAUAUAAUAGACGAAGUUUAGAUAUUCUUCACCUAAAAACUAUUGAACACAGACAGAAAAGAGUAACUAAAUAAAUUUGCCAUCAAAUUUUCUUCGAAAUGCGUAAAAUUUGAUUUAAAGCUUUUUGAAAUAAAAUUAUAAAAUUAACAAGGCUAACAGGUUGCUGUGUAAGCAGCACAGUGUUCCGAUCAGAUUCGUAAACAACUAGAAAAAAUUUUCAAACAAGCCUCGUUUCUUCUGCGUGAGAACUAUACAAACGCGUAGAGCUUUAG